AUGGACGCCAAAUCUCAAUCCUCUCUCAAGAUCAAAGAGGAAAACUUCCUCGAAAAGACUGCCACUGGCGGCGAUGCUUCUACAAAAUAUUCCACCAGAAUCCAAUCCCACAUGAAGCCUUCUGAAAUGUUCCCUAACAUCGAUGAAAAAAAGCUUCUUAGAAAAUUAGAUUGGAAAUUGAUUCCUGUGGUGUCUACCCUUUACCUUUUGGCAUUCUUGGACCGUGGUAACGUUGGUAACGCCAAGAUCGAAGGUUUAACCGAAGAUAUCCACUUGAAAGGUAACGAAUACAACAUUUGUCUCACCAUCUUUUUCAUCACUUAUACAAUUUUUGAAGUCCCAUCCAAUAUGAUGCUUAAAAAACUACGGCCUUCUAUCUGGUUGCCCUUCAUUAUGGUGGUCUGGGGUGUUGUCAUGACCUUGAUGGGGCUUGUUCAAAAUUAUAUGGGGUUAUUUUGGGCUCGUUUUGCUCUCGGAAUCGCCGAAGCUGGGCUUUUCCCAGGGGUCGCCUACUACUUGACUCACUGGUACUGUCGUCACGAACUCAACUUCCGUCAAUCGUUGUUCUUCUCUGCCGCCAGUAUCGCCGGGGCCUUCUCAGGGCUCUUGGCAUUCGGGAUUUCUAAAAUGGACGGGGUCGGUGGCCUUGAAGGCUGGAGAUGGAUUUUCAUUCUUGAAGGGUUGUUAACCGUGGUGGUGGCGUUUGGCGCAUUUUUCGUGCUUUAUGAUUUCCCAGAUACCGCUACCUUUUUAACCGAAGAAGAACGUCAAUUUAUCAUUUACCGUUUACAACAUGAUACCAAUGCUGAUUCUUUGGAUAUGGCCAACGGCGACCAUUCAUCAUCAUUUUUCGAACCAGAAGUCGAAGAGGCCCAAAAGAAGUACUUCUUCCAAGCCCUCAAGGAUUGGCAAAUCUAUUCCCAUAUUCUCGUGUACUUUGGAAUCUGUGUCCCACUUUACGCCACCUCGUUGUUUUUGCCAACCAUCAUCAAGAAUUUGGGUUACACUGAUACUAAAGCCCAACUUAUGUCGGUACCAGUUUAUGUCACCGCCGCGAUCUUCAGUGUGAUACAAUCGUUGAUUUCCGACCGCUCUGGUAAACGUUCUCCAUUUUUACUCUUGAAUUUUGCCACCAUGGCAGUGGGAUUUGCCAUUGCCGUGGCUUGCGAUCCAUCUUCGAAACCCGGCGCGGUUUAUGCUGGGGUUUACAUUGGCUCGGUGGGUAUUUAUCAAGCGUUCCCAACUGGGGUCACUUGGCUCGCUAACAAUUUGGCCGGAGACUACAAGCGUGCCGUGGGAAUGGCCAUGCAUAUUGGGAUUGGGAAUUUUGGUGGGGCUUUCAGUUCAAACUUUUAUAGAUCGCAGGAUGCUCCUCAUUAUGUCUUGGGUCAUUCUUUGGUGUUGGGAUUCAUUGGGAUGGGGGCGAUCGUCACAAUUUUCAUCAUGUUUGCCUACUCCAGAAUCAAUGCCAAGAGAGAAGAAGGGAUCAUCGAAGGGAAAUACAAAGGUUAUAGUGCUAAGGAUUUGGCAGAAAUGGGAGACAAGAACCCAUACUUCAAGUACCGUUUGUGA